CGUUCUUUGUUCCAGCCCCAUACAAGCACCGCCCAGGCAGCAAUCUCAUACGCAUCACUUUAAAUUCUCCAAGCCCAAGUCUCACUCAACCAGUCUUAAAAAGACUGUUUUCUACAAACUGGUGCUUCACUUGGAAAUCCCGCUGGGUCUUGGAAAAUUUCACUGAAAUGCUGCUGCUGCCUCUGAUCGCUGCAGCUGCUGCAGGACUAGCAGCCCUGCUCAUUCUGCAAAAGCUGCUCUUCCCCUGUUUCUGGGAUGAUUUGAUUUAUUACCUAAAAUUCAGGAGAACACAGUUGGUGAUAAAGCAAAGGAUGCGCAGAGGAAUCGUGACCUUCUUGGAUCGUUUUGUAGACCAGGCUAAGACAAUACCAAACAAGCCUUUUAUAGUAUUUGAGGAUGAGGUGCACACGUAUGGAGAUGUGGACAGAAGAAGCAAUAAAAUGGCUCAGGUUUUCCUAAAGCACGAAGGUUUCAAAAAAGGGGACACGGUUGCCAUGCUGAUGAACAAUGAGCCCGAUUUUAUCUGUGUUUGGUUCGGACUUGCCAAACUUGGCUGUGCAGUGGCUUUCCUCAACUCCAACAUCAGGUCCAAGUCCCUGUUGCAUUGCUUCAAGGCUUGCAAUGCCAAAAUGCUCGUUGUGGGAGCAGACCUAACUGAUGCUUUGGAAAAUAUUCUGCCAGCUUUACAAGAGGAUGGAAUACAGGUGUGGGUGGCUGCGAAACAGUCCUGCUUGCCCGGUGUAAACAGCCUGCUUGACAAGUUGGAAGAUGAACCAGAUGACCCAGUGCCACCUCAUUUACUGAGCCAGAUAAACCUCAUGUCAACGUUUCUUUUCAUAUUUACAUCUGGAACCACAGGUCUCCCUAAGGCUGCAUAUAUAAGCCACCUUAAAUCCGUUAUGUGCCUUGCCUUCUACUGGAUUUGUGGAGUUAGCAGCAACGACAUCAUCUAUCUGGCGCUUCCACUGUACCACAUGUCCGGAUCUCUACUUGGCAUUGGAGGAUGUAUAGAAAUUGGCGCAACAUGUGUACUAAAGAAAAAGUUUUCAGCUAGUCAUUUCUGGGAUGACUGUAGGAAGUACAACGUAACAGUAUUCCAGUAUAUUGGAGAACUCUGCAGGUACUUGGUCAACCAACCCAAGAAAGAUGAUGACAGAAACCAUAAGGUGUGGUUUGCUGCUGGCAGUGGACUACGACCUGAUGUCUGGAGGCAGUUCUGUGAUCGAUUUGGGAACAUAAAGAUAUUUGAGACAUACGGACUGACAGAAGCGAAUGUUAACUUCAUGAACUAUACUUACAAACUUGGGGCAGUUGGUCGCCUGUGCUAUUUCACUAAGAAAAUAUUCUUUUCUGAGCUGAUUAAGUAUGAUCUUGAAAAAGGUGAACCUGUCCGAAAUGAGAAAGGAAGGUGCAUCAGAGCUGAUCCAGAUGAACCAGGUCUCCUUAUAGGCCAAGUAACUACAUCAAAUCCAUUCCUUGGCUAUGCAGGAAGCAAGGAGCUCUCAGAACCUAAGCUACUGAGAGACGUGUUUGAUGAAGGAGAUAUAUACAUGAACACAGGUGAUAUGAUGGUUUGCGACAGGGAUGGAUUUGUAUACUUCCGAGACAGAAUUGGAGACACAUUUAGAUGGAAAGGAGAGAAUGUUGCAACCACAGAAGUAGAUGAAAUCAUUGGAAUGAUGGAUAUGUUCCAAAAUGUUAAUGUAUAUGGCGUAGCUGUACCAGGACAUGAUGGCAGAGUUGGAAUGGCUUCGCUUGUGCUGAAACCAGAUCAAGACUUUGAUGGAAAGAAGCUUUACGAGCAUGUGUGUGAGUUUUUGCCAAGUUAUGCCCGUCCACGCUUUUGUAGAAUUCAGGAUUCAAUGGAAAUAACUGAGACCUUCAAGCAGCUGAAACAAAGACUAAUCAAAGAAAGUUUUGAUUCUGACAGUAUUACAGAACCUCUGUAUUUCAUGGACUGCUCUGAAAAAUCUUAUGUUCCACUGACCAAGCCAAUGUGCAAGGACAUUUUGUCUGGGAAAAUGAGGUUAUAACAUUUGUAGUUUAACUGCCCAACAUUUAGUUUGAGGCAACUUAGCAAAUAAAAUUGUUAUGUCAGGCACCUGAACAAAUAAUACUAUUUGUAUGUGCUGCACUAGUUUGUAGCGCUUGGUUAAAUGGAAAUCAUUCUAUAGAUGUCUGAAAUGGCCUAACCUGAGGAAACAUUUGAGAACUAUUUCUAAAAAUGGCAGACUUAUUUUGGGUGCUUCAAGCUAUAGAAUUAACUGCAGAUUUUAAGAAGUAAUGCAGACCAUCACUGUACACUUCAAAGUCAACGAAAUGUUUUUAUAUUCUUUUGUAAGAACAUAACAUAAUCUCAGUGAAGGUAAUGCAUCUGUCUUCGGCUAAAUUUGUAGUUUUAAGGUACUGUGUAUAAUUUUACAUUUUAUUGAAUAUAUUAUCAUUUUUUACUCAAGAAGUGAAUAGGUUGGACCUUAGAAAUGCAGACUUUCAAUGCCAGAUUGGGCUACUUUUGCCAAACUUCUUCUAGUUGUUUUCCUGAAAUUCCAGCAUAAAGCUGUCAUGUCUCCUAAUGUAUAAUAGAGUUGCCAUCUUUUUCCCAUUUCUUCCCUAUAAUCAAAUCCGCUGUGUCUGUGGAUGUCUAAGUAUAUUAACCCCGUCUACAUGCAGAAGCAAUUCUUUCUUUAAACACUGAGAUAACACACUUCUGCCUUCAACUUUUAUACCUUUGUCUGUUUCUACCAUGCCCCUCCUAGUCUUUCUCCGGAUUUUGAUGAAAGUUCAGCAACACCAUUUCCUAAAGCCAGCUGAUAGGUUUUGCGUGUGUGUGUGUGUGUGUGUGUGUGUGUGUGUGUGUGUGUGUGUGUGUGUGUAUGUGUGUGUGCUGUGAACAUAAGGCACAUUAUUAAGACAGUUUUAAUCAUAUGAACAAAAAAAAAAAAGAACAUUGCAUUUACAUAGCUAAAGUGAAUUGCGUGUUCUGUCAGAUACAAUACACAAAUACAUAUGCACACAAACAUAAUUUGUUUUAUUUUAGUUGCUUUAGGGCAGUAGUUUAUUUUCAUUAUUGUUUGUUUCUGCAACAUUUUGUUGUGCUCUGUUUUCUUUCCAUCUGUAUUCUUUCUGAGGCAGUCUGUCCAGAACAUAAUAUUGUAUUGCAUUUUGUAAGGUGUACCCAUUGUGAGAUACAAUUUUUGUAUUGCGAAUACCCCUGUCUAAGCCUAAAGACACAUUUUAAAACCAUUUUGAAAAGUCACUUUAUCGGUCUUAUACAUGGCAUUAUUACACGAGAAAGAAUGCUGUAUACUUUUCUUAGUAUAUGCAGGAAGAACAUGAAAACAGUAACCAAAAUGUUGUCUUCUUAGAAAUAUGGAAUUCAAUCCCAUAUUUUACAUUAGUUUCAAAAACAAUCUUCUCCUCGGUGGUAAGAAGGUAAUCAAAAUAUUAAACAUUUUUUAAAUAACAAGGCAUUCAGUUUUGCCCAAUGUUUUUAUGUUUCAACACCACUGUAUGAUUUGCUAGAAGUUGACUUAGAAUAAAAAUUAAAAACAAGUUAUAUGUAAUUUGGGACAGCAACAUGAUUUUCUGAAUGUGCCUCAGUUUUCUCACAUUGUAUCCAUCCCACCUCUCUGUCCCGUCCUUUCUCUUGUCAGUAAUACAAUUCCCCUAUCUUAAUAUGUUGUGGAUACCCAACCAGCCUUCACUGUGAACCUAUCUACCCUGUAGCAUCAACCUAAAAUGUUGCUCAACUGAAAGAGGUUUGAGUGUUGUACACCACGUGUCAUGUAUAUCAGCACAGUCAAGUCUUUUCGGCUUUUCCCGGUUAGGGGUCACCACAGCGGAACUCCAGUCUGCUAAUGAUUGGCAGUAGAUUUUUUUAUGGUGCCAAGUUGCCAGCCUGAU